GUGACUUUGACAUUUGACCUUGUAAACCUGACCAACGAGUUUGUUUUGUGCUUUUGCUCCGCCUCUAUUUGCCUUUCUGCAUUUUUCAUUGGUCACUUGAAAUGAAUGCUAGUGACCAUGUGACUCAUUAUCUUAUCAUUAUUUUUGUUUGGAGGAAAAGGUAUUUGGCCUUGUAUAAUUGCAAUAUUUACAAUAGCAAUAGACGGUUUUCUGCGUCUUCGUCAAAGCCUUUGAUAAUUAUUGGAUUAUUAUUAAAAGAUAUAUAAUAUAAAAACACAGUAUCAUUUUUAGGAAAAUACCACAGUGAUAUUGUAACUACUUGGUGCUACUAAUUCCCAAAAUACAUGUGUGAGAGAUGGCCACAUGUACCUAUCAGAAAUCCUCUGAAGAUGGAGUUAUGCAGCAGCUUAAAGAGUUAUUUGGCAGUGUCCUCAACAUUGAUGUAAUUCAGAAUGUUGCAGUAUCGUGUCAGUAUGAUGUGAUAAAAUCAUCAGACAAAUUACUGGAAAUUUCAAGCCGUAUGGACCACUUUGACAAUAAGAUGGGCGAUAAACAUAAAACCGUUGCUUUUGGCGGUGUCAAUAUCCCAAACAGUUUCUUGCCACUAUCUAAUUCGUCCAGUACCUCAUCUUUGUCCUCUAACAAAUCCAGAAAAGCUAGUGACAUUGAGAGAACCAUCAGUUAUAUUCAACAAAACUUCAAAGUUCUUGUCUUGAUGCGUGGACUACCAGGUUCAGGCAAAAGCACUUUGGCGAAAAAAAUCCUUGAAAGCACGAUUGGGUAUGACGAAACUCGAACUGUGCAUCUUUUGAGCACUGAUGAUUAUUUUCGUACGAACAAAUUGGGCGUUUACAAUUAUGACGCCACAAAAAUUGAAUCAGCUCAUGGUUGGAAUCAGAAUAGGGCGUUUCAGAGCAUGAGUAGAGGAUUUAGCCCAGUUAUUAUAGAUAACACCAACGUCCAAAUGUGGGAAAUGAAGCCAUACGCUACUAUGGCGACUGAUUAUGGGUAUAUAAUCGAAAUUUUAGAAGCAGAUACACAUUGGUGCUUUGAUGAUAAAGAGCUGAGUAAACGCAAUACUCAUGGAGUGCCGAGAGCAAAGAUUAGAGAUAUGCUGGAACGUUACGACAAAAAUAUAACGGCUCGUAAACUACUCUCUGCUUAUAAUUUGUAUUAUAAACUUCAAAAACCCCCACAGCUACGAUUAUACCCCCCACCGAAUAAUAUAGCAACAACAAAUAGAUAUAAACAAAAUAAUAACGAGCCAUCUAUUAAACCAGAAACAGCUACGCUUUUAAAUCACCAAACUGAAAAGACCAAACCUAUUGAAACAAUCAAUCUGAUGGAAUUCGACGAUGAAGUUACCACAAAGCCAAAAGAAGCUACUUGCAAUUCACCUUGCGAACCAAAUCCUGUAGAUAAAAUAUUGAUGUUUUCUAAUGACAUUGAAGCAACGAAGGUUCUUAAACCCCAACAGAACCAAAAUGAUACUGUUAAAUCAGUCCUCAAUGCCUGGGGCGUCGAUGAAAUAGCCUUGAGAUCAUGGGACUUUGUUACACCAGUCAAGGAUGAGAGAAACCUUGGCUGUACUAUUCAAACUCCAGUUGAGGUAAACAAAGUGAUUAUGAUUGAAUCUGGAACAAAUACAGAAGACGAAUAUUUUCAUUUAUUGAAAAAAGUUAACGUCUCUGUCUAUCCAAGUGGGAUAACAGUUUUGGAUACCUUGAACCGAGAUAUCAACAGAAAUACGCCCCAAAGAACAUCCCUUAUUCCCAAAAAAUUGAUGUUGGAUAAAAGUUGUAUGACAGAAGGCCUAUAUGAAGAUUACGAGAAUCAUAUGACUCAGUUGGAGAGUCUUUUCCCUGAUGUGCCUUCAACUUACUUGCAAUAUUGGUACAAAAAAUGCCAAAGAGAUUUAGAGUGGACUAUAGAGUUCUUGUUGGAAGCCAAAGAUGAGAUUACUACUCUUAUUGAGAAACAUGAUGAAGAAAAUGAGCUUGAGGAUAAGAAUGUUUCAGAUGAGGAUAAUAAUUCUGAUAAUAAUCAGCCUUUCCAAGUAAAAGAAAGUAGACGCAGAAAGCGGAAGAUUUCAGAGGAGAGCAACAAUUUGAUAAAACUGAUCGAAAGUAAAAUUGAUAUCAACAGUGAUCACUACUCUGAACAUUUACGCAGAAUUAAAAACAGGCAGAAAGGAAAUUCAGAUUCAGCAAUACCUUCUACAUCUUCCGCUAAUUGUGAAGAUAAUGUUAGACAACGCACAUCUUCAAAUGAAAGUUCGACAGAGGUUGAUUCAGACAUUGAAGUUGAUGAAGUAGAUGUGCUAAAAUCAGCAAGAAUGGAGGAGACAAUUGAACUUAACUUGGGUGAGCACUUUGUUGCUCAACUUGAAGAGAAAUUCGGUGAGCCAAGUUUGAGUUACCCCAAGGGAUUUCAACCUGUGGUACAAAUGCCCGCUAGCUUAGCUAGGCAGCUCUACACGUUCUAUUUGGAGAGUGUCUACCAACAAAUGGACAAUCAAAAGCAAAUUCUGGAAGAGAUGGCUAAGGAAGAUGAAGAGUUUGCAAAGAAGUUGCAAGCUAGCGAGUUUGAGGAGUCAAGGCCUUUGCAACCGGACCCCACUCCAAAUCUUCAGGAAAUAAUGGAAGGACAGAGACAGUACAAUAAAGAAGUAGAAAAAUGGAAGAAUAUGAACCCAGAUAACUUGGCGCUUAAGCUGACAAGAGAAAAGUUGAUUAACAGUUUUCCAACAAUCAAUCAAGAUACUUUGAUUGAAAUAUUGUUUGCAUAUGAGAACAAAUAUGCGGAAACGGUGGAGUCUUUGCUAGCUUCAAUGGAACCUGGUGAUGUGCAAGGAAAUGUGGAAAAUAUCAAGGAGCCACCUAUUCAAGAAGAGGUCUUGGAAGAGAUGAAGGAAGCCCAGAGAGGCAAUACCAACCAGGAAUACGAUGAAGUCCAACAAGCUACAUUCUAUCGUGAACAAGCUAACAAAUUCCAAAAGCGAAGGGAAGAAUUAUACAAAAAGGCCCAAAAGUACUGCCAAAAAGGCAUGAAAGAAGUGGCCCAGUUCUAUUCAGGACUGGCGAGCCAACAGACAGAUUACUUUGAACGAGCAAAUAGUAUGGCUGCUACGGCCUUUCUUGACGAACAUUUCAAAAGGUUGCAAGACUUCAACACGCUCGAUUUACACUUUUUAUACGUCAAAGAGGCGAUUCCAGCUCUUGAUAUGUUUUUGGAUAGAGCCAUCAAUUUGUUGAGGAGUAGCAAAGAAAAACAGUCCGAGUAUCUGCAAAUUAUCACCGGGCGAGGGAAAAACAGCCAAAAUGGCGUCGCAAAGAUCAAACCUGUGGUUCAAGCUAGGCUUAAGAAGCGGGAUAUCAAGUUUGUGCAACUGAAUCCUGGGCUUCUAAAAGUGAAAGUUACAAAGACUACAUUGAUUACCAACGAAAUGCCAUUAAAUUAGAGGUAAUAUUGAGCUUUCCACUUAAUGACCAAUAAUUUCUUUCAAAGUCAAUCGAUACUACUUUAAAAUUUUAAGUAAAAGUUCGUGUAUGGUAUAAACUGUUGAUUUUACUUACAUAGUUUAUGUGUUGAACAAUGCCGAAAAUGUGAAGACUAUUUUUAUAUGACAGAACUAUAACAUUUAAGUACAAAAUAAUUAUAAGGUUAUUAUAAGCUUUCCUGUUUUUGAUUUUUUAAGUUUUCAUUUGCAAAGAUGAUGUUUGCUUGUUAUUUUAUGGUGCUUAACUCUGAGGUUAAUUUCAAUCUUAUUCUGUGUUGAUGAAAGGAUACCUCAUGAGUGUUUUUAUAAUUUUAUACUAUUUUACAUUUAUAAUAGGCUCUAAUAUCAUAACCAAUAAUACUACAAUUACUUGCAUGCUGAUAUCGUAUAAAAACAACUUUUAUACAAAGACAUUAGCUGUUUUUAGACAAAAUGCUGCGAAAUUGGUGGCGAGGUGCUACCUAGAAAACAACUAUUUCGUAACGCAUUUUUUAUGGAUUUGUUUUAUAGUUGUUAAUAAUUUUUUUAACGUUCUUGUCUACAACCCUUUCGACUUCUAAUUUUGCAGAUACUAGAAAGUAUUUUUGCGUUUGGAAUUCCUAAAUGAAAAUCGACAAGCAGAACUAUAAAACGUCAGCAAGUUUUCCUCAUUUUUCAAUUUAGUUAUCAUAGUCGGUUAUGCUUCAUAGAACCUAUAUACCAAGAGCCGCUUUCCACCAGCUGUCAAUACCGUUCCACUGCUCUAGAGUGUCAUGCACCUGAGCUACACAUUUUAGAAAUUCCCUGUCCCCUCAUGCACUAGCUUUUUAUUCGGUUUUAUACGCUCCGAAAUAGUGGGGAUAACGAAAAUGACAAUGUGUCAAGAUUAUUAGGUUACGUUUUAUGUUUUCAUUUUUUUGUCAAAAAAUGAUUUUUUGGUGCAUUUUUUCUUCAAUCGGAACUUGUUAAUAAAUAAUAUUGCAGCUCUGAAAUAGUGUGUGACUAUUCCUUUUUUAUGGAAGAAUGAAUCAAGUGAUUACUUUUGUUCUUAUCACUUUUCCUUUUAGAAAAAUCUUUGAUUUUCUUGAAGCCUUGUCUCGCAGCAGGUUUCAAGAAAAGCAAAUAGAAAAACUGAUAAGAAUAAAAGUGAUCACUUAAUUCAUUCAUCCAUAAAAGUGGAAUAUUCACAUACAAUUUCAGAGCUGUACUAAUAUUUCUUAACAAGUUACGAUCGAAGAAAAAAUCCACAAUAAAAUGCACCUAACAUGCAUUUUAUGACAAAACAAAAUUAAAAACGAUGUCAUCUCUAUACACAUCAUGAAGUAAUCAGACGAAAAGGAUUUAGAAAUACUGUUGCAAACAGCUAGUUAAAAAAAGCGAAAAAAGGGACGUGCGGCCUCAAACCGACAGAUACCAGACAAUGGAGGAUGACAAAAAACUGAUAAUGUUAUGACCCAGACGUACAUUUGAAAUGUUCCUGAACAAUAAAGAUCUAUAACUAGACACAGAAUAAUUUUGAAUGUCUACACUUAAAUAUAAAUUCGACACAUUUACCCACAAGCUUUACAAUAAAAAUGUGUUUACAUUUUCAUUGUUUGGCAGUGUGAUACAAAUUGUCAACGUCAAAGCAAAACAUCAAAAAACAGGUUAGGUUCGGGAGCAUCACACUCCGGGUGCAUACAACUCUCAAUUUAAAAGCUCUGAAAAACGGCUCAGGAGAACCCACCUGGGUACCAUGAUCGAAAGCGGUGUUGCCGGAUCUGCAAGUCGUCGUAAUUUUCACCGGCUGUUCGAUAUUCGGCAAAAUAGUGCGCGCUUCGUACUCUUCGAAACGCUUUGUGAACGAAAUGUGUUUCUUUGAUCAAUUUCCAUUCGAUGAAUCUUCUAAAUAAAUAACGUUCAAACGCUCAAAAGCCUGUUCGAAUAAGGCUUUGUCGCAGAUACUUGGUCAACAAAUUCAAUUCUGGCAACGCGGACUCGAAACUUCGCGAUCUCUUCACCCAAUGUCCGGAGCUUUUGCGCGGUCUAGCUGUGUUUGGUAGUUGGUGGGAGAAUCCAAAACUUAUAGUGCGAGAUCGGGCGGCUUCAAUAUGCACGUAUUUUUUAUAAAAUGUAUUUUUUACGUACGUUAAAUAACAGUAGAGCAGAUUACAGCUGAGUUGCCUGUAAUGUAUUCUACUAUUAUUUAUCUUUCACCAGAGUUUUAUCAAUCAAGCAGAUACCUGCAGAUUCAACCGGUCCGAUCUUAAGACUGUAGGGAGGUAUUCAUUUGACGGAUCUGUCAAAGCACAGCAUUGCCAGGUGGGUCGAACAGAUUUUUUCGAAUAAAAAAAACAUCAAAUCACAGAUAGUUGUAAAAGUCCCCCAAAUUUGUGGGAAAAUUCCUCAACAUGUCAACCCUGUCAAAGCACUGCUGGUACCCCAGACGUCAAGUUUGGGAGUCACUUUUACAUCACGAACAGUAUUGCCGUAGUUUCUCCUGGUAUAUAGACUCCGUGCUUGAAUAAUUGAAAAUUCCUAUACUAUAUUAUCACUCAGUUGAUUUUGUCUUAGGUUCUUUUAACACUGAUGACUAUCAUUUGUUUUCUAUAAUUGUUACGUUUUGGUAAUUAUAAAUGGUAGGCUCAAUUUAAAUAGGAAGUACUUGGAGGUUAUUCAUGUAAGUUUAUUUUCAUACUUUUAUUAUUUCUUUCCCAUUAGAUAUAUAAAACUUUUAUAUGUUUAUAUAUUGUAAUAUAUGUUCUUCUAUCAAA